AUGCUGGGCUGGAUUACAGGACAGUCAGACGAGCAGAGGCGGGCCACCGAUGACUCAGUCGUCAUGGAGCCACCACAGACACCCGGCCCUGUCUUUGCUAUACGAGCAUUCAAAAGCGCCAUCUGGGGAACACCUGCGGGCGAGGAGAGUGAAAACGACCGCCCAGCGACUACGGGGAGCCCAGAAAAACCUAUGUUACGCAAGAGAAACACCAUGCCUCAGACGAUCCCAACCGCAUCACUUCAACAACAGACGUUUGGAAAGCCGGUUUCUGACUCGACAAAUCAAUUGAGCAUGUCGCCCACGAAGAGUAUCCUUGUCACGCCCGGAACGAUUUCGAACAGGCGGAAAACCGUGUCGUUUGGGGAAACAGCUAUCCACGGUGAUUCAGAACGAAGCAAGGGCCUCUCACGGAGUAACAGCGCAUCAAUUUCACCCGCAAGUUCAGUCACGAGCCAAUGGAUGUCUAGUCAAUCGGAUGGAAAGCCACGACCUCGAAGCAGACUGACUCAAAGCCUGCUUGAUGCAAAGGAACAGUCUGCGGAGGAACCUUCAAAACAAACAAAGUCCACUCGUACUGAAGAAUCGUCAAAAGGCACUGGUCCCGCUAGCGACACAAGGACGUCGCUGACUGAAAAGCGCGAUGACACUAUGGAUCUCGAAGAUCCUCAGUCGCAGUCUGGCCAGUAUUGGAAGACUGAAUUCGAAAACUACCGAAAACGUACAAAUCUGGAAAUAAGCAAGUUGAUACAAUAUCGCUCAUCGGCGAGAUCGUACGCGCGCAAAAAGGACGUGGAGGCCAUGCGUCUGAGAGAGGAGUUGAGAAAGGAGGAAGAGAAAGUUGUAAACAUGGAACGUCGCGUGACAGAGCUCGCUUCAAGCAUGAUGAACGAGAAAGUUGACCAUGAAAGAGAAAGACUGGUCCAAGAUCUAACGCGACAAACCGCGUUGGCAGUUCAAUACAAACAUAAAGUUGACAACCUACGGAAGACUCUGGAGCGGCAUGGAGUGAUCGGCAGUCCAGACGAACAACCCGAUUUCGAGGAAUCCGUUAGGGGCGCUCAAAUUGAGGUUAACAGACUGAAAGAAGCCCUUGAGGAUGCAAACAGAAAGCUUAAGGAGAGAAAUCAAGAUGACGACAUCAAGAAGCUUCAAAAUAUCGCAAUCUCCUCGGAACGGAAAGUGUCAGAACUCGAAAAGGAGAAUGUUGCGUUGAAGCGAACAAUAUUACGCGUGAAGGAGGAAAUGGGAAAGUACGAGGAACGGCGAACUGAAAAGGAGACAAAAUUGAAACUUCGCAUUGAGAAACUUGAUCUGCGGUGCUCGGAUUACAAACAGAAAAUGAAGGAAUAUCGUGUUGCCGUUCAUGAAGAGAGGAACAUGUACCGGCAGGAAAUCGAGGCAUUGAAGGAAGAACUUGCAGGGUUGAGUCCGUCUAGAAGGCGCGUCUCACUCGAUGAUGUUCGUCACCGUCUUGAGGAGAAGUCGUAUGCGGGAAUUCACGUCCAUGAUUUUGGAGGGGACAAAAAUACUCGAAAUCCUAUGGACAAGGAUGACGAAAUGUUGGAGAUAAUCCAAAGCAUCGAAACUACGGAUUUGUUGGGAGCAGACGACUAG